GCGCUGCCUUCACGCAUAUCAAGCAGGAAAAUGGCUGGAAGUGCUAAGAGUAUUUACGACUUCGCUACGAAGCAGCUAAUCACGGAGGAGCCGCUGCAACUGUCCCAGUUCAAGGGCAAAGUGGUGCUUCUGGAGAAUGUUGCUUCUCUCUGAGGCACGACUGUGCGGGAUUACACCCAGAUGAACGAGCUCCAGAGCCGCUACGGCGACCAGGGCUUGGUGGUCUUGGGCUUCCCCUGCAAUCAGUUUGGCCACCAGGAGAAUGGCAACAAGGAGGAGAUCUUGAACUCGCUCAAGUACGUUCGUCCAGGGGGUGGCUUUGUGCCCACCUUCAGCCUGACUGAGAAGGUGGAGGUCAAUGGCAAGGGUGCACACCCGCUGUUCAUCUACUUGAAGGAGAUGCUGCCCUUCCCAAGCGAUGACCCUCAGUCCCUGAUGACCGACCCCAAGUUCAUUGUGUGGAGUCCCGUGUGCCGGAAUGACAUCUCGUGGAACUUUGAAAAGUUUCUCAUCGGCCCCGAUGGCGUCCCAUUUAAGCGGUACAGUCGGAAGUUCCUUACCAUCGACAUUGAGGAAGACAUAAAGAAACUGCUGAAGCUGGUAAAAUAGGUGGGCAGCGGUGGGUGUAGUUGUCGUUUUUGUGGUCCAUUUUAUAAAGGUCAGCUGUGCCCUCUGGUGCAGAGUGCCACAGUCUUUAGUCCUAUUACUAUGUGAAGGUGCCCUUCGAAACUUCUGAGAAUGGCGCCUGAUGUCUGUAAAGGUCUAAGCCACCGUGGAGCUUUGGUCCUGUAAGGCACGCUUGUCUCUCUGUCUCUUCAUGGACCAAUAAAAUGUUGUGCUGAGUG